AAAAGGGUUUUUUAAUCUACAAGUUGAGUGAGUUAAACAUUGUGAUCAAGCACGUAGUGUGACAUUGUUCAAUGAAGAAAUCCUCGACAAUGGCAGAAACGAACGAAAAACCGUUAUUGAAAUCAGUAUUCAGAGGGCCAGAAAAUACUGAUGGGGAAGACGAUUGCAGCGAAAAGUUUCCACCCGUUGGACCAUUGUUGGCAACGAAGCUAGGAGGCUUCUGCAGUCGAAAGCUCCUGAUCAAACGUCUUCCAAUCCUGCAAUGGUUACCUGAGUAUGAAGCACGCUUUCUAGUUGAAGACGUUGUGGCCGGACUCUCGGUCGGACUGACUGUUAUUCCCCAAGGAAUUGCAUUCGCCGUGAUGGCCAAUCUAGAACCACAGUACGGGUUAUAUUCAGCGUUUAUGGGAUGUUUCGUUUAUUGUUUGUUUGGGAGUUGCAAGGAUCUGACUAUCGGGCCUACGGCUAUUAUGGCAUUGAUGGUGCAGGUGUACGUGGGUAGUCUUGGAGCCGAUUUUGCUGUGCUGCUAACAUUUAUAACUGGAUGCAUAAUCUUAGCAUUUGGGUUAUUAAAUUUGGGAUUCUUGGUACAAUUCAUAUCCAUGCCUGUGACGGCGGGAUUUACAUCCGCCGCCGCCAUAACCAUAGCAAGUGGCCAGGUGAAAUCACUGCUAGGACUACCCGGCCGAUCGAAUGAGUUCGUAGAAUCAUGGAUCAAUGUGUCCAAACACAUUGGAGAGGCGAAACUAUGGGAUACAGUACUGGGAAUUGCAACGAUUGCUAUUUUGUUGCUGCUCCGAAGCUUGAGAAGCAAAUGGUCACUGGUUGGAAAGUAUCUUGCUCUGUCCCGGAAUGCCGUUGUCGUUAUUGGCGGAGCUGCGUUAGCUUACUAUUUUUCCACCGUUGGCAGCCAUCCAUUCUCGUUGACAGGGACUGUCACGCCUGGCCUGCCACCAGUCAAGCUACCCCCGUUCUCUACAACGUUGCAUAAUCAAACGCUAGAGUUUUCGGAGAUGACUUCGAAGCUCGGUUCUUCGAUUAUAGCUCUUCCGUUGAUAGCAAUUCUCGAAACGAUUGCGAUUGUAAAGGCAUUUUCAAAAGGAAAAUCUAUCGACGCAACGCAAGAGUUGGUCGCAUUGGGAAUGUGCAAUAUUUUUGGCUCGUUUGUUUCAUCUAUGCCUAUCACGGGAUCGUUUACACGCAGCGCUGUAAACAACAAUAGCGGCGUACGGACCCCGCUAAGCGGUCUGGCAACUGGGGUGCUAGUGCUGUUAUCCCUGGGACUUCUAACGGAUACGUUCUAUUUCAUCCCGAAAGCAGUCUUAGCCGGUGUGAUGAUUGCCGCAAUGUUCUUUAUGGUGGAGUUCCAUGCCGCCGUCGAAAUAUGGCGAACGAAGAAAGUUGACAUUAUACCGUUCGUAGUUACACUGGGGUCGUGUCUUGUCCUUGGCUUGGAGUACGGAAUGCUCAUAGGCAUCGGAUUAAAUAUUUGCUUUGUUCUAUAUAUGACGUCGCGCCCCAGUAUCGACCAGGCAAUGCUCCGCACGAGUUCCGGUAUCGAGGCCAUGGUCGUGAAACCAGAUCAAAGUCUUAUCUAUUCUUCAAUAGAAUACCUUAAACGUGAAAUAGUGAAAAUGGCGGAUAAGACUCAAGUGGCCACAGUGAUAAUCGACGGUAGCAGCGUGAGCUACAUUGAUUCUACUGCCGCCAAAAUCCUUGAGAGUGUUGUUGAAGAGCUGGUACUUAGAGGGCGCGCGGUUGUCUUGUGGAAUUGGAAGCGUUCGGUAAAGUGUACAUUGAUACGGUUGAAUAAGGCAUAUUUUUCUCCCCUAAUCAAAUACGGUGGUUUGGACCAAUUAGACAAAGAAAUCAGCAACGAAAGUCUGCCAUAGUUAGUCAGGGAAACGAAAAGCUGUAUGUGUUAUUGUGUAUAGUAAAUUAUACGUUAUUUAAUAAAAUAAACUAAGAAUACGGUUUGUCUGUUAACAAUAACUAAUAAAAUAGUACAA